AUGAAAGCCUUUCAAUGUCUAUUAUUUCUCAUUAUUGUGACACUUAAUGUGUUUUGUCAACAAUUGGGUCCAUUUGUUGAGAUUCUACGAAAGGGUCGGUCGAGUCGUAACGCCAACUGGAAAAUGGAUGAGAUAUUGCCUUCAGAUUAUAAUUAUUUAAUCGCACCGGUAGUUAAUAACACGGCUGUAGAAGUAGAAGUAGCCGUCUCUGUGCUCUCAUUUCGAGCCAUCAAAGAGAAAUCAUUGUCGUUCGCAGUCGAGAUCUUCUUCCAUCAGUUUUGGUCUGAUAUAAGACUACGUUUGCCGACAGGAGUUGACAACAAAACCAAAUUACGUCUAAACAAGAGCUGGAAAGACAGGCUCUGGACACCCGACACUUACUUCAGAAAUGCAAUCGACGGCUCAGUUUCCAAUAUAAUGGAUCCCAUCAUCUAUUUUACAAUUGAAAAUCAGACCAAAGUUUUUAUGGGCGUUAAACUCAUUCUUGAGUUCAGUUGUGACAUGAAUUUUGCUAAAUAUCCUUUCGAUACCCAGAGAUGUAGUCUCGAGUUAUCCAGUUGUGAUAAACAACACAUUAAUCUCAAUUUAGGGACGCAUUCGUGUCUGAGAGCGAGUCUAACAUUUCAGCGAAAUGUGGGCAACUUUAUUAUAAAACGAUUUAUUCCCAUCAUCUUAACAUUCAUUGGUUUCUGGAUACCGACGUCUGCAUACCCGGCCAGAGUUGGUCUCUCUAUCACAGCUCUAUUGGCUCUGAUUGCACAGCAGUCUCAGGAGGAUCUGAACGUCUCAUACAUAUAUGCUAUGAGUGUCUGGAUAUAUUUUACACUUCAACCGACAUUUUCGGCUAACGUGUUUCAGUUAUCUCCUGAAAAUCACAAUUCAAUACUAUCUCACAAUUAUGACCCAACGAUUCCUCCCAUAUUAAACGGAAAGCCUGUGAGAGUGGAUGUCUCAGUAUUUGUGCUCAAUAUUCGAUCCAUUAAAGAGACAGAACUUACAUAUGUUGUUGACAUAUUUUAUCACCAAUACUGGAAUGACCACAGAAUCCAAGCCUUGCAUCCAAACAAUUCUCAACCCAUUGUUUUGGAUAACAGUUGGAAGAGGAAGCUAUGGAUACCGGACUCGUACUUCAAGAAUGCAUUGGACGGUCACGUGCCCGACAUUAUAUUCCCCACUCAGUACUUUACCAUCACUAAUACAACCAGAUUAAGCUGUGAAAUGGAGUUUUCAAAGUUUCCGCACGACUCACAGGAAUGCUUUAUUGACAUUAUGUCGCGCAAGUUCUCGAUGCUCAGGGGUAGAAUAGUACUGACCCGUCAAUUAGGUCUCUAUGUGCUCAAGAAUUAUAUCCCAAGCGCUAUAAUAGUAAUCAUGACUUUCGUUGGCUUCUGGAUCCCCAUCUCGGCCUACCCGGCCAGAGUGGCACUCGUCAUAACAGCCCUAUUGGCUCUCAUUACACAACAGUAUCAGAGCUCUCAAGUGAACGUCUCGUAUAUAAUAGCGAUCAACGUUUGGAUGAUUAUAUGCAUUGCAUUUGUAUUCUUGGCUUUAAUUGAAUACGCGUUUGCCAUCACAUAUCACGACAACAUCACCGCAAAGGCCAAUAAAAUUAAAGCUCAAAAUCAUAAUCAUAAUAUGAAUGCGAAUACGAAUGAACCCAAAGAUAAUUUAAAUGUCGACCCAAAUGUCAAUUCAAAGUGGUUUAAAGUGUAUGCAAUCACUGGCUUUAAUAGUAAAGUCAAUCGCAUCGAUCAGAUCUCUCGAUAUCUCUUUCCAUCGGGUUUUGUCUUCUGUGUUGUCAUAUAUUUAUUGAAAUAUGCAAUGAAUUGA